GUGUCCGCUUGUGUGCACUGAAGCAGGGCUCAAAGUGCUCUUAUUUGCCUGUCGGGGUAUUUUGUCUGCCUUUUUUUUUUUCUUCCAGCCGUGAUGUCUGAGGAACAUGGCAGCAGAUAGGACCCUGCAGACAGACUUGGCAAACCUCACCUGUCCGUAGCCGCUUCUUUGAGCUUUUCUCCACCUGAAGUUGACCGUAACAGAAAACCGUUAUCUGGUUUGUGUUCUCCCGCGCUAUAAACCCGGUGCUGCCUCGGCAGAACGCGAUGCGGUCGCGGUGCGUGCGCGCUUUGUUGCUCGCCUCCUUGGCGCUGCUCUUCUCAUCCUCCUUUUCCUCCUCCUCCUCCGGCGCUGAGGUCGUAUUCCGCUGUCCGAGCUGUACAGCGGAGCAGCAGGCGGCAUGUCCUAAACCCCCGAGCCCAUGCACGGAGCUGGUGCGGGAGCCGGGAUGCGGCUGCUGUCCCGUGUGCGCGCUGCAGCUCGGAGAGCCGUGCGGGGUUUAUACUGCGCGGUGCGGGAGCGGCCUGCGCUGUUCACCGAGCGAGGGCUCCGAGAUGCCGCUAGACGAGCUGGUGAAGGGACUCGGGAGCUGCCAGGUCAGAACCGAGAAUACGGACACGCACGAUGAGCGCGAUCUCGAAUCCGAUUACGGAGAGCUAUAUGCCACGAGGCCUCCGAUCCUGAGGAAGCCAGUCAAAGAUGCUAACUACUGGCACAUGAGGGAGACUAUGUUCAAGCAUCACCAGAAUGAGCAGAAGGCCAGGAUGAUGAACCGUGUGGAUGAGCCCAAAAUCCCUCGACCCAGAAUGAGUCAAUGUCAACAGCAGCUGGAUAAGGUGCUGGAAGAGAUCUCUAAAAUGACCUUCCAUGACAACAAGGGACACCUGGAGAACCUGUAUGAACUAACGUUUCCCAACUGUGACAGUAACGGACAGUAUAAUGUAAAACAGUGCCACAUGUCCACCCAUGGGCAAAGGGGUGAAUGCUGGUGCGUGAACCCCCACACUGGUAUCCAGAUUCCCUCCUCCAUCAGAGUGAGGGGUGACCCCAACUGCAGCCAGUACUAUGGCGGAACCGAGCUCAAGUCCACUACCAGCCUGUACAAAUAGAUGUGGAUAAGUGGAGUGACAGAACAACGAGAGACAAAGCUAGAGAGACAAGUGUGCAAGCAUAUAUUCCUGUGUCUGUAUGUGGAAAUAUUUCAGACCCGUUAUGAUUUGCAUUUUAAUCUCAUGAAAUAACAGAAUAUAUGCAGAUAUAUGCUAAAUUUAAUGACCGUGUUUAGACUGGUGUUGUGUCCUCUUAUUAUAGCCUGUACUUUAACACAGUAAGUCUAAACAGGCUCUUCUCAUCCUGUGACUAACUUUUAGUGUAGCUGCAGUACAAAUCCCAGUAUGUAACAGUUCGUGCAGCUUCCUCUAUUUGGUCCCAUUCCCAACUUCCUUUUAGAGCCAGGCUAACAUAAGCUACAACCACUCCUGUGCUGCUGCUUUUCUAACACUAAACAUGCACCAAAGUAGGAAUGCUAAUGUAUACUUUUAAGCAGUGUCCUGCAAACAAUGUACUUUAUUUGCAUGGAUUUGUUUUCUAUGUUUGUCCCUCCUUUUUGAGGUCGUUCCUUGUGCACGGACACCAUCAGUGCUGUUUACUUGUAUUCAAAACCGCCUCCUCUCUUUGACUCACCCUACCAAACCAUGUGGAGCUGCAUUCUCUGUACUGGCCUUGUCUAGUGUCUGCGGGGUAUCCACAGGGUUACUCAGUGCGCAGUUGUGUGUGUAUAUUUGUGUGUAGCGGAGUGCAGCCAAUGUCGGCAGCUAAUAGACUUCUCCCCCUUUUCUCUCCAUCCAGUCAUAUGGGGGGAAAAUACGGGUGGAGCAGUAGGUUUGGAGCAAAACUGGUUACUAAUGAUGUGCUGACAGAGGUCAAGAUUAGGACACAAAGCUGACACUGACAAAUGCAAUAUUAAGUGGGUUAAGUACCAAUAAAUAUAGACACACUUUUGCAAAUAUAUGCCUGUAAUGCAGAUGGGCUGUACUUUUUGCUAUUUCACAUUUCCCAUGGUGAAGAUUUACUGGUUGGUUUAGGGGGGUCUUAAGAUGUGUGAAAGGAUGUCAAUUGGUGCACAGGUUGAGGGGGGCUGCUAAGCUUGCCGUGUCAGGAGCUUUCCCACCUGGUGUGAUUCGUUUAGUGUAAAUGUUGCACUCUAGGGCAGUGAUCGUCCUUGAAAGCUAUAGUUAAAUUUAAUUUGGUCUGUGAAGUACGAUCAUGCUUGUCUGUCUGUCUUUCCAUCUUUGUCUCUGUUGUUCUCCCUUUCAUUUUCUCUCUCUCUGAGUGUAGCAUUGGGCAGAUUAAAUAGACAGGAUCCAUAAAUAGCAGCUGAGAUUAAGCUGAUCGAUUGUAAACAAAUGGUGUGUAGGCCCAAGAGCUCAGCUAAAAACUGUUCUACUCUGUUUGGAGACUUCUGUGAGCUUUGCCUCUCAGAUAACAUAUUAACCUUCAAUAGCUCACAUGGUAUUACCAUGUCCAGCUCGCCUUUAAAAUUAGCUUUCAUGGAUUUUCUUUUUUAGAUUGUAUUAUGGUGCUACAGCCUGGCUCUCCUAUACCCUGCUCCCCCAUGUGGGGUUUUGGGGCCAGCACAUAGGCUGCUGAGACUCUGGCUAUGAAUUUUCCAUUUGGGCUGGCUUCCAAAAUAGAUUACUGCGUCCCCUCUGGUGGUACAGUAAAUUUUAUGGUAGUUUGAGUCUGACCUAGUUUGAAAACAAAGCAAAACCAAUUCCUGUGGUUUUUUGAGCAUAUUGAUUUGCCAGAGCUGUGCUGAAGGAGUGAAAGAAUUUGGUUGUGUGUGUGCGCAUCGGGGGUUGCUGUGCCAUGCCUGUAGCCAGAGGACAGAGGGAAGUGGUGUUUGCCAUCUGCUACAGUGUAAAAAUGUCAGACCUGCGUGCUGUUUGGAUGGUCUCGAACAGGCGACACAAAGAAUUUCUUAAGCAAAUCCUACACAGCACACAAUGUACUAGUCUCACACACUUUCACUUUUUAAAUUUUUCUUGUUGUUGUUGCAUUGCAUUCCAACAAUUAUCGGAAGGCUCACCAGCAUCAGAUAGUAAAGUUUACUGGUGACCACUAACACAGCAUGCUUCGUGUAUCUUUUCUCAUUGGAAUUAAAGUGCCUGCUUGCAAUUCAAAAAAGGAUUGUGAAAGCCAUAAAUGCAUGCCAACCAACAAAGAUAUUUUUAAAGGCCUGUAAUAAAUGACAAUAUGAUUAAACAUGUUACUUUCA